GCCGUGGCUGGCCUUGGCCGUGGAAGUGCAGGGGGGGUGUGGGGUGGUAUGUUAGGAACGAGGUCCUGAACUCAUAUCAUCAUGGUUGCCCCUGUGAAUGCUGUUUUGCUGGAUAUAGAAGGAACAACAACAUCUAUAAGUUUUGUCAAGGACAUACUAUUCCCAUAUGCAAGAGAACAUCUUGAUGCAUUUCUUCACGAAAACUGGGAGACUGAUGAGUGCAAGAGUAUUGUUGGUAUGCUGAGGGAUCAGGUUGCCGCGGACCGGCGGUCGGGACAGCCGGCGCCGCCGCUGCCGCCGGCCGACGCCGAGCCGGCGGUGCUGCGCGCGGCCGUGGGGCGCUACCUGCUGCUGCUGAUGGACGCAGACCGCAAGGUCACGGCCCUGAAGCGGCUGCAGGGCCUGGUGUGGCGCGACGGCUACCGCUCCGGCCGCAUCGCCGCCCACGUGUACGAGGACGUGCCGCACGCCCUGGAGCAGUGGCGGCGGCAGGGUCUCACCAUCUGGAUCUACUCGUCGGGCAGCAUCGCCGCCCAGAAGCUGCUGUUUGAACACACCCCGCAUGGCUCUCUGCUGCAGCAAUUCAGUGGCCAUUUUGACACCACCACGGGACCGAAGACAGAGCAAGAGAGCUACUCUAAAAUCGCGAAGGCCAUCGGCUGCUCUCCGGACCAGAUCAUGUUCGUCACAGACAUUCCGAAAGAGGCCGAGGCGGCCAGCGGUGCCGGCUUGCUGACCACCCUGGCGGUCAGGCCUGGAAACGCCGCUCUCACGGCCGACGACCGGCAGCGGUAUGCGACCGUCACUGACCUCCGACAGGUCGGCGUCGUGUGACCUCUGUCAGUGGUCUCCGACAGGUCAGCUUCGUGUGAAAAUUCUGUCAGUGACCUUCGACCUGUCAGCGUCGUAUGACCUCUGUCAGUGACCUCUGACAGGCUAGCGUCGUGUGACCUGUGUCAAAACCUCCGACAUGCCAGGUUGUUAGCUUGAUAUGGCUGUGGUCCACAAUCGACUUCCACACAAACGGGAUAAGAAAGUUAGCUUUGGGAUCCAAGUUUACCGUGAACAAGCUAUGGCUUUGGGGACACCAGUUAUGGGAAUGUAUAAACAAAUAUGUUGGCGUGAAAGGGAAUGUUUCACAAUUAAAUGCAUUGAAGCAAGCAUCAGAUGUGACGAGACAGGCUUUUUGUGGCUUUUGGCGUACUUUUAACUAGAAAAGACUGUUCAAGACAACACAAUUUCUACGUUAAGUAAAUACGCUCCUCAAUAAGUCAUUUUUUAUUACGUCAUCGUACCUUGCACAAAAUCGAUUGAGAGCCAAUUGACGGCUGUUAAAUCUGGAAAUAAUGCUCGGGAACGCCAGACAUGAAAGACCCGGUCAUUUUUUUUUUUUUUUGCCUUGGUCGCCGCAUGGCUUAUGGAAUGGCAGGACUUCAAGGCCGUUAUUAUGAUGUUAUGAAUGUCAAUGUGACCUUGACAUACUCUUUCCAAGAAAAGUCUCCCCACCUCCGCAGGCGUGUAGCUCAGGAGCUAGCGGGUUUGGAAGAACAGGGCGUCGAAGGUCAGGGCGUUUUGGAGUCUUAAGAAGGACAGGGUGGUGAACUGCACCUAGUGAAAUUCGGGAUAGUUAUUUUAGUUCAAAACCACACAGAAAUGGGGAGCACAUCGUGUAAGGCCUCACAUGCGUGCUUUUAUAGCAAGGUUUCAUCCCGGAGUUUCUCAUGAAAACAAAGCCAAGUGAUUGGCAUAUCACAUGAACGUCAACCGGCUACAAGCACAACACUAGUAAGCGGACUUUUGAGGGUGGGCUGCUAAUCCUGAUUCAGCAUUUUCCCACAUGCAUGACCCAUAAUCCGCAUAAUUUCAUAAUCUCCUUAAAGGUAGUAAAGGGAGUGUUUCACAUUUGUGUGGGGUUUCAAACGGAAAUAGGCAUUUUAAAGAUCAUUCGUUGCAGUUCACAGCCUUGCUCUUUGUAAUAUAUAGAACCAUCCAGUUUCUUGAGCUGCACGCCUGCGAAGAUGUGUAGACUAUUUCAAGGUCAUGUAAGCAUUCAUGAUGUCAUAGUAAUGACAUCCAGACCCCGCCACGCCUCAAGCCAGACGGCGUUCAAGGCCAGAAGAAAUAGCAUCGUCCAGCCGUUCAGAUCUAGUGUCCGCAAGCACAAUUCCCAAAUAUAACGCACAUCAGUUGGCUCGCGUUUAAGGUUGAGCAAGCUAUGCAAUCUGUAACCACCAAUGACAUUUUGUGCUAUAUUAUACAAGAGAUUGGACAUUAUUGGUAGUCAUUACGGAAAUAGCGACAUGCAACCGAAUAAUUUCAAACUAACACCAUGACAGAUAAUGAAUGCAAGGGAACGUCUUAAACGCUUGGAUGAAUACGCAAGAACGUCACGAGAAAUGGCCGAAAUCGGAGCACAUAACGAUAUUGCUCGCCGAACACUUCUAUCACCGCACUGCCAUCUCUCGGUGAUUUUCAAGUUCUACAAGUUGGUGCAAGGAUGGCAAUUUGUCACGGCUAGCUUGGCAGCACUUCGACGUCAUUCAAACGCUCCAUGAUGCAAUAAAACGAUGAUGCAUAGAGCAGCAUAGCUGCUAAAUAAAGAAAUUGUGUUGUCCGGAGCAGCUCACUUUAAAAUAUACCAGUAGUUAAAAGUGAGCUUACUUCAUCAAACCUGAUACUUGCGUCUAUAUCGUCAAGGGCGGGACAUUCCCUUUAACCUAGACAUUUUUGAAUCUUCGCGAAGCUGGACUCAGGCUUUUGGAAUAUAUCACGGUAUUAAUGCUCGCUAACGAUACCAAUGCCAUAAGGGCACUUAUGCUCAGGAAUAUUGAGUAGAUGCAUUUUGCGCUUCACCACACACUGGUGAAGAAUUAACAUAAAUAGAUAGCAAGUGCGUUGAGUGAAAUCAGGCUGCGGUGUUUGUAUAGGAAUUUUGUUUAAGGGUGCAACUUUGAUAGCAAGACAUCAAGUCAUCCAUGCCAUGCAUUCCAGGGCUAUAUCAUCUAGUCAAAUUUUGUAAUGCGUAAGCUUCCCGAGGCUUCAGAACUAUGCUCGGAUGACGCUGCUGUCACCAGAGGCUCGCUACCACUAGCUGGAUCAGCCAGGUCACUGUCACUGAUGGCGCUGACCCGAGCUCUCAGCAGCCGCUGGCGAGCCCCGCGCGAGACCCUGAACUGACGCCGGUUGCGUCCCAGUGGGUCAGGUGUCGACCGGGCAAGUCCACCUUCGUCGCCACAAAACGCGAGGGAAUGCUGGGGCGGAGCGAGGGGCUGGGCGGGUCGUCCUUCCAACUAAGACACCGGGCGGAUGCCACGUGAUAGUGAUCGUGGGUGUAAUCGAAUGCAGCGUGACUGUGAACCCUCGCGUGGCUCGUGUUGGUGUAUUCGGCGAUCAGUGGGGUACGUUCUGCCAUCCUGACAGGUGGCAUUCGGACCCUUCGACUGGCGUGCGCGUCGACAGGCUGGAGCCUGGUGACCGUGGCGUGAUAGAUGUAUGGGGGUAUAUCGGGGUGCAUCCCGCUCGUUACGCUAGCCGCGGGAGGGAGGCGUACAGCUGCCGUCCACAACAGUGGUGUGCGGCUGCCACGCGCCGCCAUGCAUGCAGGGCUGUGUGGUCCAUUGUACCAGUGAUCUUGUGUGGCUUCCACAAAUACAGCUGAGG